CGUGGCAGGGGCCGGGCCGGGAAAGCGGAGGAGGCGGGUCUCCAUAGAAACGUCCACCUGUUUCCGGCCAGUCUGUGCGAGAUUAGGGGCUGCUGCGGGGGCCAAUCUCAGCUAGCUCGCUUUUUCCCAGCGGUCUCUGCGGGAGUGGUGGGUGUUGUACACAAUCAUCAUGGCGGCGGCCGGAGCCCCGGAUGGCAUGGAGGAACCUGGCAUGGACACGGAGGCCGAGACUGUGGCGACCGAGGCCCCCGCGCGGCCCCUGAACUGCGUGGAGGCCGAAGCCGCGGCGGGGGCGGCGGCCGAGGACUCUUGCGCGGCGCGAGGUAGCCUGCAGCCGGCGCCGGCCCAGCCCCCUGGGGACCCUGCGGCCCAGGCCUCGGUCAGCAACGGCGAGGAUGCGGGCGGCGGCGCGGGCAGGGAGCUGGUGGACUUGAAGAUCAUCUGGAAUAAGACUAAACACGACGUGAAGUUCCCCCUCGAUAGCACAGGCUCCGAACUAAAACAGAAGAUUCACUCGAUUACAGGUCUCCCUCCUGCCAUGCAGAAAGUCAUGUAUAAGGGACUCGUCCCUGAGGAUAAGACGUUGAGAGAAAUAAAAGUGACCAGCGGAGCCAAGAUCAUGGUGGUCGGCUCCACAAUAAAUGAUGUUUUAGCCGUAAACACACCCAAAGAUGCUGCCCAACAGGAUGCAAAGGCCGAAGAGAACAAGAAGGAACCACUCUGCAGGCAGAAACAACACAGGAAAGUGUUGGAUAAAGGAAAACCCGAAGAUGUGAUGCCAUCUGUUAAGGGUGCCCAGGAGCGCUUGCCAACGGUACCCUUAUCCGGCAUGUACAACAAAUCCGGAGGCAAAGUGAGACUCACCUUCAAGCUGGAACAAGAUCAGCUGUGGAUCGGCACUAAAGAGCGGACUGAGAAUGCCAUGGGCUCCAUUAAAAAUGUGGUCAGUGCUAUCGAAGGACAUGAAGACUACCACAUGAUGGCGUUUCAGUUGGGCCCCACGGAAGCCUCUUACUACUGGGUGUACUGGGUCCCAACUCAAUAUGUGGAUGCAAUCAAAGACACUGUGCUGGGGAAGUGGCAGUAUUUUUGAAAGCACUUUCACCUCUGGCCCAGGAGACUGACCCAAAGUGAAGGACAUUGCUGGGAGAGGCCUGCAGCAUCCCUGGAUUUCAGAGUUCUGGGACUUUGUUCAAAAACAAAAAAACCUAUAUCCACUCUAAGGCGAUGUGGUGACUGAAGCCAGAGGUGAUGUACUUUCACCAUUAGCUUAAUUUUAACUUAAAAUCACCGGUUCCCUUUUCUGGCAGUCAGCUUCAUACCAUUUUUAAAGUCCAUACGGUGGAAAUCAAUAAAUCUGAGUUCCGAGCACGUUGUGUGGAAUACUCUUCGGUGUGUUUGAGAGUAGAUCUGCCAGUUUUGUUUAGAAAGGAAUGAUCAAAAGCUUGCUGGUUUCCUUUUUUAUUUUUAUUUUUUUUUAAGGCGAUUUCAACUGAAAUAUUUUCAUAAAUCUUCGGUUGCAAACAUUUGGACUGCGUUGUGAUGAAUUGGGUUUUGGUUUUGUUUUUUUUUCCAUAUAAAAUUGUAUGCAAAAUGAGGGGGGGUUAGUAAGCCAUAUUUUUCUGUCCAUGGAUUCAGAUUUAAUUUUUUUCCCUUUUGUAUGUUCUCACUUCCUAGAUUUGAAUUUUUGUUUUAAAAACCCAAAGAUGUCAGUUCCUGGUUUUGUACCUCAUCGAUGCUUCCUCUCCUGGCCUCCCUCCCACCAUGUUGCUGCUCGAGAACGCACGGCGGGAGAGGAAGAGCUGUUGGGUCUAGGGCAGGGAGCUCUCGUGCCUGCUGUGCUGGGUGUCGAGCAGCCGAGUAUCUCACAGUGACUCCCGUCCAAACGGCUUGCCCCUUGGGCCGCGGUCUCUGGGGAGUUCCACCUGCUGGUGUCCUGGUUGUCUGGUGCCCUCCCUGAUUUGGCUCUGAGGCCCAGCCUGGCAUGGGUGUGUCUGGGCUGCGCUGCCCAAAAGCCACAGCUCCCAGGCCGACAAAGACCUCUUCAAUGAGGAGCUGGAUGGAAGCACGUUUCUAUGGCCAUAUAACCUCAGGCCCAGAUCCUUCUUUCUUUCGAAAUUCCGAGAAAUUCUUAAGCAGUCCAACGAUUAUUUCAAUUACUGCUUCUCCAUUUGGUCCUUCUGCUCAUGCAUUAUGUUCAAGUGUCCUUCAUCCCAGGUUCAGAGAUGCUGCCUUUCUCAAUAAAAGAUCUGUUGACCUAGUGGGUUGGCCGAUGUACUUAAACAUCGAAAAUGGGAUAAAUUGCUUUUGUGAUUAGCUCACCCUCUUCUGGUUUUAGCCCUUAUGUUCUUGGUACACGUGAGCUUCUGUUGUCUCCCUAUGGCUCGAUCGACUCGGACACGAGGGCGAGUCUUUUGGUGAAUGAUGCCCUUUGUGCUCUUUGCUGUUUCUCUGCUGGCUGUCUUUGCAAUUCUCCUCUCCCUGGCUGCAGGCUCUCAUAGUAAGGUUUGGCGAGAGAUUUUCCAAACUUCACAUUCUGGAUUCUAGGCUGUUCCCCCUCAUCCUGUGAAAUGUAAUUAGCAUGUGUUCACCUAAGAUGACUAUUCCUUGUGAGCCAGUUAAUGGUGAUACUCUACGCCCUUCCCUUCCAAGCUGUAGUUCAGGAAUCCAGCCCAUGUAGACAGACUUGUGCUUUUCACGGUGUAGCCCUUGCCCAGUUACACAUCUGGGCAGGGAACUCUACUCUUGCUUUUGUGGGGGCAUACGUACCUAUGUGAAGUGUAGCGUCCAAGAAACCGCCUGCUUGUCACCCGUUGAAGAAGGAGCAGUCACUGCGCUUUUCUGUCCCCGUUGGCCUGCAGUUUCUGGAGAAGAAGAGCUUCUGUGCUACUUGUCAGAGCCUCCUCUGCAGCGGACGGGUCUGCGGAGGAAACGAUGUCAUAGCAAGCAGAGGGUCCUCUUGGUCUGAACACUGCCCUUUUUGUUGGCCAGUGCUCCGUCCUGGAGACGUGUCCUGACAGUGCCACACACCCACCUUUGUUCUCGCAAAGCAGGUGUCUCCGUCCCCAGACUGGCCUCACAGUGCUGCUCUCAGAGGCCCUUCCCACCAGGUCUCCUUGUUUGCCCUGUUCCAUGGCUUCCUGUGCUGUCUUGCCCCUCCCCCUCCAGUGAGAGCGUGUAUGUCCCCUUAUCUGCCUGCUCCCCAAGGGCCAAACCGCUUCUCACUCGGGCUGCUGUCAUUUCUAGACAGGACCAAAGCCUGCGUGAGCCUUUUUAUUUUACGUAAAAUGGUGCUUUUUUUCCUUACUUCAAGAUACUAUAUAUAAAUAAUAAUGUCAACGACAUCUUUUCGUACAGAGCCGUUGGAGUAUUAUUUUACAGAGCUCAGUAAAUUUGCUAGAACGAUCUCGAGCUCUGGCUCCUGACCCUGUCUGCAUGGAGACCUUGCUGGGAGCCCUCGGGAGAGCAGAGGUGGACAGCACCAGAAGCCACUGGGAGGAGUAUUGGACUUAGAUCCAUGUCUGGGUCACAGCAGUAUUCACGGUUUUUCCCUCGGUCCAUGAGCGGUCUCUUCCUAACCUUGUUUAUGGUCUAGAAUGUUCUGACUAAAUCUGUGUUAGCAAAUUGAAGUCUCGUACCCCUCGGUGGCAUCACAGUGUUAAUUUGUCCUCAGGAUUGUUUCCGUGCAGUCCCUUUGCUGGGGCCGUGCCCUCCCUCACCGUGGCAGAGGACAUGCAUCAGGACGAGCUGGUCCCCAGGAGGGGCUCGGCGCGCGGGGAGCCAGGCUCAUCCUCUCUUCGCUUUUGGGGCGCUUCUCCACGCCUCCCGAGGGCCUGCUUCCUCCUCCAGGGUUUGUGCUGGCGGUCGUCCUGCGGGGCUUUGCUCACAGACGGCAGGCCUUUCUUCCCUCCCAGAGACCACUUGGCAGAGCGAUGACCAGGUCAUCCCGGCCAGGCCCGCGCAGCUCUGGUUCUGUCAGUCCGGUCCUCUGAAAAGCCGACUCAUGAGCUGCCGGAACUCUCCUGUAUGGAGUGUUUUCACUGAAGCUGGGCCUUUUGCAAGUAGCGUUCACUCUUUUUAGAUGCAAUUGAACUGAGCUAAGGAUGCUCUUGUGGACACGGUGGGGGCCAGUGAGGCCCAGUAGGCUCCUUAGUUGCUGCUCUGUCUUACGAGGGCCAAAGAGACCAACUCUGCCACUUUGCCACGUCUCAGAAAAGUUGCCAUAUUUCAGCCGGAAGGGACUUGCUUUCCUCUUUUCCUUACUUUAACCAUGUGCCUGGAGGAGCCGUCCUGGGCUCUUGCACUUGGCCCACCCUUUCUUUGCUGGGGCAGCGAAGGGGAAGGGAUAGACUCCGUGUGCCAGGGCCGUGCAAGGGCAGGCUUGCUUUCCACCCCAUCUUCUUCUGAGGGAGACCUUUCUCUUGCUCUUUGCUGCUCUCUUCAUGCCUGUUGUCUUGGAAAAGGAUGGUCCCUUUGUCUGAAGGCUUUGUGAGGAAGUCCUCUCCAGGGAGGAGGGGCACCUGUUUCCUAAUAGGGCCGAGUGGCCUCUCCGAAGUUACAGGUGGUCAGGAGCCCUCCGAAGUGCAGAACAUCUGGCACCUCGACCGGCCAGGCUGGGUGGUUCUACUGCUCUCUCAGUUUCUAGAAACCUCCUUCCUUUUCUUUCUUAAAGAGUUCUGCAGAAUUAUUUGACAAUAUACGUAAGUACCAUGUUUUCUUGUGGUGUGCGCUCUGUCCUGGUUUCUGUUUUUAAAUCAAAUGCCUGUUUGGGAGGAGAUGAACGUAUUUAGUCUAUUAGAUCUGCGCUGCUGGACUUUUUUUUAAAGUGUAAUCUUGACUAGCUGUCUUAUUGUUUAUCCUGUAAGAUUAGUCUAUCAAUUAAAGUUUGAUAAUUAAUUGCG